AUGAUUUGUUCACUUUCGGGAGAACCAACAAUUCAACCUGCUCUUUCACUUAAGUCUAAGAAGGUAUUCGAUAAGAAGCUUAUACGGGAAUAUGUCCAGCAAAAUGGUAAGGAUCCUAUGACAGGAGAAUCGAUGACUUUAUCGGACAUUAUUCCUAUCGAAAUAUCUGCUUCCGAUAUUAUUAAAGGCCCUAGAAAAUCAAAUCAGGAUUCAAUACCUUCAAUGCUUGCAAUGUUUCAAAAUGAAUGGGACGCUUUAACUUUGGAAUUAUUUGACCUUCGCAAGCAGGUUACAGAGCUAAAAAAAGAGCUAAGCUUAGCAUUAUAUCGUCAAGAUGCAGCUGUUAAUGUUGCAACUGCGGCUAUUAAAGAAAAGAAUGAGGCUCGGAAGGCUUUACAGCAACUAGCAAUGAAUAUUGGCUCCGGUAAUGAUACCAUAAUACAGAACUCCGUAAAGGAAAAGAGCGAAAUUUCCUCAGAACUUAACGAGGAACAUAUUUCAUCAAUAAAAAGGGAACAAAACAAUCUAUUUGUGCUACACAAAUCGCAUAAGUUAAAGCCCCCUUUUACAUUAAAUAUAUCCGCCGAACUUUCUUUUCUCGCGAGAUCGAGUUUUCCUGUUUCUUCUUCAACUCAUCUUUUUUCUUACAACGAGAACGAUAACUCUCUGUUACUAUUAUCUAAUAAGGAUAAGAGUGGUAUUAUUCUAUCUUUAAAUGAAGAAAAGUCUGGCCUCAAAAGUACGGUGCAUUUCGUUUCACCAGAUGCAACUAACAUAGUUGGUGUUGCUUAUUUAAGUAACAAAUCAUCAGGUACAUCUGAAUCCGCUAUUUUAGUGUAUGAUAAUACCAUCGCUAAAAUUUCUAAGAGUGACGGCAGUAUACACAAAUUUUUAUCUCUUUCGGAAAAUAUCAUAGCUAUUGCUGUCCACCCAAGUCUACCGGUUUUGAUUUCUAUCGCACAGAAGUGUUUCUACAUUUACUAUGAAAAAGAAUUGAUCUAUCGAUCAUCGAAUCUUUCAAACUCUGCCUACAAAUGUGUCGCCUUACAUAAUGACGGAGUAUUAGCUGCUUUUGGUAAGGCAGAUGCUUCUGUGGAAAUAUUUGAUAUUUGCGAACAUAGAUCUCUGUUGACAAUUAUGCCUCCAGUUCCUUCUGAGAAGGUUAGCCAACUUUAUUUUGCAUUAAAUGGCUACUGGCUUUUGAUUAAAUAUGGAAACUCUCUUGUUGGUAUUUAUGAUCUGAGAAAAGGCAAGUUUGAAUUUUUGCUUCAUUUUCCGGCAAAUUCCCCGUCCACUCCCGUUGCGAUGGAUCCCUCAUCCCGAAUACUAAUAUUAGGUCCUUGUUACGCUAUAUAUGAAAAGAAGACAAAGCAGUGGUCUCUUCCAAAAAGUUUGUCCAACCUCGAUGAAACGAAUGGUCAGGAUUCCUCGUUGAUUUUCACCGGGAUAUCUGGAGGCUGUUAUUCGGUUAUUAUUAUUUCCGGGAAAAAAUUGAUACCGGGACAAUUAUCCUUGGAUAAAUGA